GUCUAAAUGUCAUGUUACCGUCCUGCUACGCUUUCUUGUCGCCGUACAAAGAAUGUCGUUGAGAUUACUCUUCGUGAUCUUGAUCAUGGUGGUUAUUGCAAAGAAGCUUAAAUGCGAGAACCUUACGCUGUGUUUUGUAUGGGAAGACGACUCGUAUUUUUCCACGAUGAACCGCUCUGCUGCUGCGGUGUAUCUUGGUGUCCAGAACGCUAACGCUUACAUAUUACCCAGGGACAUUCAGUUUCGUAUUGUCCAUGUGUCAACCGGUCCAUCGUGUGGUCGCACCAUGUAUACCCUCGUGUCGACCAUGUACGAUCUCCUUAAACAGGGAACCAGAUGCGACGCAUUCCUCGGACCCAGUUGUGCAUUUACCGCGGCCGCACUGUAUGGUUUUGCCGACACUUUAAAUGUGCCCAUCUUCGGUGCACCAGCGGCCGGCGUCUGGGCCAUCCAAGUGGAUGCCGAUUAUUCCGAUUAUCCAUUAUUAACGCGUCCGGCAUUCGGUUUCAGCGAUCUGACAGAUUUCCUGUUAUACUUCCUCGAUGAGUUUAAUUACCGGCAUUUAACCAUUCUGCAGGACGACUCGUAUUCAUUCUUUAGCAGCAUGGUCGGUCCGAUUAUGACUUUGCUGGAAUCCCGACGCAGAAUAAUUUAUCAAAAUACCAUUGUAAAUUAUGUGCGCAGUAAAAAUAUGACGCCCGAUGAUUACCUUCCGACUUUGAGAGCAGCGAACGCAAGAUCACGCGUUAUAUUCCUCAUGGUGCAUGCUACUGGAAUCCGUGACAUCAUGAUCGCGGCCAGCAAAAUGGGCUAUACCAAAGGAGAGCACGUGUUUUUGGCCGUACAGUUGUACGAUCUACCAUACUGGGGAACAAUCACACCGAUUGUGCACGAUCAAUAUGAUUCGAUAGUGCAGCAAGCAUACCGGAGCUUACUUAAAGUCGAACUCCAAAUGGACAUUGACACAACCAUUACAUACAACUUUGAACGACAGAUCAAAACAAUCGCACGUGAUAGAUACAAUUACCUUUACGAUCCUUUGGAAUCGAUUGACCCGGUGGUAAAAUCACUCUACGAGACCAUUCGGAUGUACGCGACGGCAAUAAAGCAAUUGAAGGAAACAGGACAGAAUUACCGAGAUGGGCGCUUCCUCAGCACAUUCCUACUGGAAAAGGAAUUUCAAGUAUUUGGCGAGCCGUUCUGGAUUGGACCGGAUGGGGAACGAGAUGGGAUCUUUGAUAUUCAGUAUUUUAAUGCAAAACCAACCUAUUCGAGGUAA